AUGUACUACGUCCUCUACCUAAGCAGCCUCUGCAAACGCCGCCACUGGCCCGACCCCCUCUACUCCCCCUACAAAACAACAACCACAACAACAACCCCCUCACCCACCGCCGGCCCCGGCCCAAGCACCGGUCCCAACCCCAACACCAACAACCCAGGCUACACCUGCACCGUCCGCGUCAAUAACCGUGAAUACCAAACUGAUAUGAUCUGCGAAUCCGAACAACUAGCCCGCGAAAACGCUGCCAUGCGCGCGUACCUCAUCUGUCGCAAUUUUUCUGUCAACGAUGGCAUGUACCCCGCGGGUCAUGACCAUGGAGGUAUUGUGCAGGGGGUGCCGGUUGCGAUUGGGACAGGGAGGAAGGGGCAGUUU